AGUGGUUUCCUCUAUAAAACAUAUAUAUAAUAUUCUUUCCAGACCGUUCUUAUUCAUUUAAGCUACCAAUUCUCUAGUAAACAGGCUGUACAAAUAAGAAUUCACGGGAUCUACAAUUGAUAUAUUUUUAUGUUUUAUAGAGCAUCAUUUCCUUAUAGAAAAUAUAAAUGGAGAGUAAAACUAAACUAUAUCGUCUUCUGCGAGAUGAUGAGGAAAAUCCUUUAGAAAACGGUGUAACCGCCAAACUUCCUCUGGCUGAUGAGACACCGCUACAUCACAUACGUCACGGAUCUCGUACCCAAUCACAGUGGAUCUCAACCUCUCGGAGUCUUGAUGACGUAAAAAAGUUAAUUCGAUACAAAAUAUUACAUGAGGGGCGUAAAGCAUGUAGAGUUGUUGAAAUUGACGAACAGAAGUUGGUUAAACUUAAAAAAGAGCUUAACAGACUGAAGAUUGAAAAAGUGAUGAAGAUCUUAGAAAUUUUGCAAAAACCUUCAGAAUUAAUAUUAACGGAUCUUUUAAUGGAUUAUAUUUUAACAAAUACAACAGGUAAAAUAUUAGACUUUACUGAUGAAAGUAUUAUGAACACGUAUAUCCCUAAUCAAUUUGGAAACAUGACGGCUCGGGGUUACGCAGAGAAAUACAGUGAGGUUCUUGUAGAGCGUUAUAUACCAUCAGAAUGCUGUACGCGCAUCCACAUUGUGACAAUGUAGGUUUCUUGUAUCUGAAUUUGGCGUUACAUAUGAUACAAUCAAAAUGUUAUACAAGCAUGCAACCAUGCUGUAAUAAUGUAGUUGACUUGUGUUUAGAUUGAGCGUUACAUGUCAGCAGAAUGUUGUAUAUAAGUUCACGUUACAACAAUGAAGGUGACUUGUGUUUGGUUUUAUCAUACCAGCAGAAUGUUGUACGUUCGAAUGGAGACAAAAUGUGUUUGGAUUGAGUGUUUCAUGCCAGCAGAAUUGUGUACGUUCGACCACGCUUUAAAAAUGGAGACGAAAUGUAUUUGGACUGAGUGUUUCAUGCCAGCAGAAUUGUGUACGUUCGACCACGCUGUAAAAAUGGAGACGAAAUGUGUUUUGAUUAAGUGUUUCAUGCCCGCAGAAUGGUGUACGUUCAACCACGCUGUAAUAAUGGAGACGAAAUGUAUUUGGAUUGAGUGUUUCAUGCCCGCAGAAUGGUGUACGUUCAACCACGCUGUAAUAAUGGAGACGAAAUGUAUUUGGAUUGAGUGUUUCAUGCCCGCAGAAUGGUGUUCUUUCGACCACGGUAUGAUAAUGUAGUAGACUUGUGUUUUAUUGAGCGUAACAUACCAGCAGAAUAUUGUACAUACGACCACGCUAUGAUUAAAUGUGUUUGGAUUGAGUUUUUCAUACCAGCAGAAUGUUGUAGAUGCGACCACGCUUUAAUAAUGGAGAUGAAAUGAGUUUAGAUUGAGCGUUUCAUACCAGAAGAAUGUUGUUCCUUCAGCCACGCUUUAAAUAUUAAGUUGACUUGUGUUUUGAAUAAGUGCUACAUAUUGUCAGAAUUUUGUACAUGUGCAUGCGACCACGCUAUAAUAACUUAGUUGACUUGUGUUUGGAAUGAGCGUUUUAUGCCAUCAGAAGUUUGUACAUGCAUCCACUCUAUACUAACGAAGGUGACUUGUUAGUGAUCAUUAGAUAUUUUGGACAUGUCGUUAGGGAUCGUUGGAUAUUUGAGACAUGACAAAGUUGUCACGUGUUGUUUAGAGAUAAUUGUUCUUUUCAUAUUUUUAUAAUCAAGUAUUAUGAAAUAACUUUAUAUGCAUCUCUCAAGGCACGUGUACACAGUUGUAAUUUUCAAUUUGAAAAUUUUCAUCAUAUUUAAUCAAUGUUUAUAAUUAUACUUGUAAAUAAAGAUUUGAAAUAAC